UCGUGGUUUCUGCACACCCAGCGAUGAACUUCAGUGACCUGCCGCGCCAUUCCAUGUACUACAGAAGAAUGCUGCAUGGAUGGUGGGAACCCCUCAUAAUGGGCAGGCAGGGGUACAGACCCGGAACUCAGCACAGGGAUGGUGGGAACCCCUCAUAAUGGGCACGGCGGGGGUACAGACCCGGGAACUCAGCACAGGGAUGGUGGGAACCCCUCAUAAUGGGCACGGCGGGGGUACAGACCCGGGAACUCAGCACAGGGAUGGUGGGGAACCCCUCAUAAUGGGCACGGCGGGGGUACAGACCCGGGAACUCAGCACAGGGAUGGUGGGAACC